GGUGGGUUAUUUCAUACCUGUCUCUUGUACGUCCACUAGUUCCAAGCUUUAUCUUGUCUCCCAUAAAAGAAAUUGAAUCACACUUCUUGUGGUUACAAUUCCUUUAAGGAUUGCAAUUUUCAAGCUCCAGAUCAGAGAAUUUCGUCAUGGCUCAAGAACAUGUGGAUCUGAUCAGCAGUUUGCCGCAAGACAUCCUCCAUAGGAUCAACUCCUUCCUGCCACUCAAAGAGGCAGUGAGAACGAGUCUCCUCUCCACACGGUGGAGAUCCCUCUGGUCACCCACCAUGGUGAAUCACUUUGCCGCAGGCGACAGCCCGAUUUCCGCUUUUGAUGCGGUUAAAGAUUCGUUAGAAGCAGUUGGUGCGCUUUUGGGAUCUUACGAGAGCCCGGAGAUGCGCAAACUGUGUUUCCAAUUCCCUAAGGGUGACGUGACCGUCCUUGCCACGAAGGGAGUUGAAAAAGAGCUCCAUCUCAAUUUCUUUCACAGCAAAAAGGAGGACAAAAGUUAUUACCAAAUGAAAGUGGACUUUGGUGAUACAACUCUUAUCAAUAUCACCAAUUUAUCCACCCUAAGGAUUCUUCAUCUGCGAUCGGUCGUCGGUGUCACCGAGGACUUUGCCUCCUCCUUGCUCACAAAUUGCCAGCUUCUACAAAGCUUGAGGAUUGAGAAGUGCGAAGGACUAAAGAGAAUUGGGAUUGAGAAGAAUGAGAGCCUCAGGAGCUUGAUGAUUGUGGAUUGCAUGGACAUAGAGAAUGUGACUGUUUCAGCUACCGCGUUAAGGUCCUUUGUUUAUAAGGGCCUAUUGACCCAAAUCCACAUGAAGAAUGCUUUGAAUUUGGUUGAUGUGGUGCUUGAUUUGGAGGGUGCUUUUGGUAACAGUGAUUUUGACUGUGAAGAAGUUCUCUCUCUGUUCUCUUCCCUGAAAGAAGUGGAGACUCUCACUACAAGCGGGUGGCUUCUUGAGUGGUUAUGUUCAGCUGGAGUUAUCUUUGGAAGGCUAGAAUUCCAGCUUAGUAAGUUGAAGCAAUUGAGGUGGAUUGAUUCUUUAAUGGACAACGGAAAGCGCGAUUCAUUGGCUUGUUUCUUGAAUAUCUGCCCCAUCUUGGAAAAGUUGUUCAUCACAAUUGAUCCCAGCAGGAGACGAGUGACCUGUCCCUACUUUCAUCAACAUUGGCAUGAACCUCAUCUUUGGAUGGAAUUUCCCACCGUGAAGUCCAACGUCUCGCUGCUGAAACACUUGACGCUUGUUAAGUUUUUGGGCUUUACUAUUAACGGAGAAGAUGGGCUGUUAUCGUCACUAGUGGAUCUUCUCCUAGAAAAGACAAUCGUGCUCAAGUCGAUGACGGUGAAAUCGCAGGAGAACGUCUCUUGGGGAGUCAUGAAGGUGCCCGACAAACGCCCAACGCACAAGUGGUGGAAUUACAGAAGAUGGACAGCCAUUUCGGUACCUAGAAGUUUCUGUUUUGCAUUGAUGGAAGAUAGAUGAAGUCAAAUAGGAAGAGGAAAAUUUGAAGUAGCUUUCGGUCCCGUGAAUCUGUGUACAGAUAGCGUUCUGCUUUAACUUUUACAAUUUUCCCUUAAUCGAAAAGGUUAUAGUAAAA